UAAGUUGUUAAAGAACAAAAACAUUUUCGGCGGUCUAAGACCACGAGAGUUGUACGCAUAUCAUGUGCGCCUGGUUGGUAUUUAGAAGUGUGUGUUGUUGUUUCGAGUUCCAGCAAUAGAAGCGAUGUGUCUAGUGAUGAUGAUAUGCUAUUUACAAAUAAUUUUUACACAUUUCGAAUGUCCGCUAAUGUAUUUCAAUUGUCCCAAUAAAUAUACACUGUAAACGAAGCUUAUGUUGUCUAGAUCUCGAUGUAUAGGAUCGUUAGCUGCCAGUCUGCCAGUUUCUUUGGAAUACUACAUAUUUAGUUCUGACGCGACUGAAGACCUGAUUGGCAUCAGACUUCUUGAUAUUGACAUAUCCGGGAAAAGACCUGAAGAGGACAGAUUUACUGUAGAUGGAGAGAACCCCAGAACAAAUCUGGGCAUUAGACGAAGUUUAUUCGGUUCUAAGUUUUAUCUGUAGGAAGUUCGAUGUAUCAUGUAUAUCUUUUGAAGAACUUAUAAUCUCGGUAACUUUACUUCUCUUCAAGUCAAUAUUUUAAAAACUUCGAUUUUUUUUAAAAAAACGUGAAGUCGCAUGGAACAUCCACUUAUGAUUUCAAAUCACACAGCACACACACUAUCUGCACGAAAUAUGUGCUUUUCUCAAACGUUUUAUUGAAAAUUGUAGUUAUAUUGUCAAAAUUACAAAAAAGUGAAUAUCUUUUUUUAUUAAAUAACAUUUUUUAUAUUUUUUGAUUAUUUAUUGCAAAAAAAGUUUAAAUGCUUUUGGUAGAAAAAUUCCAGUUUGAACAAUAGACCGGAACCAGUUCUAGCAUGGAAGAUGCUGUAAAGCCUGCAGAGCAACACAAAUCGGACGUCGAAACCUCAAAUGUUACGAAAAAGUGGAACACCGCGAUUGGUCAAACUCAAACGACACCGACUGCGAAACUUCAGGGAAAUAAAACCACAAACAAGCCGAAUCAGGGAUGGAAGUCAACGAAACGAAAAAAUGUGCGUCAAAAUGAAAGCAGAAGAAAGGAGCUGCCACAUUUCGUACGCACAGAGAUGGAGAUAUUGAAGCACUUGCGAAGAGUUAACCGUGAUUUGAGGAUACUACUGCAACCGAAAAAUAAUAGCGAUCAAACGUCACGUUGUUGCAAUCAACGUGGCGGCAAUCAGUCUCCUCCAACAAGACAUCGUCGGGAGCAGAAACCCAUUGGCAAAGCAGCACAGAGCAAGGCCAGCGCUGUCUGUAAGAAAAGUCAAAACGCAUUAGCGCAAGUCAACAAUAUGAAGUCUAAAAGACAGAAGACACAACAGGUUAAUGCAGCGACAAACGCCAACGGAGUCGUUGCGCCUCAAACGAAUAAGAGUUCUACGGGCAAGACGCAAGGUGGCAACACAGCGUUAACGCCAAUGUCCAGCACGGCCACACGACGCAAUACGCUAAAACGGCUCAUGCUCUAUUUUAGGUCGAAGAAGAAACUCGACGCCUCUCUAAGUGUGCAAAAGUCGCUGGGAAAGGAUAACAACAAGAAGAGCGAUGCGAACGAAGCUAUGCAAAGUAAGACGCAAAAUACGCUCUACUGCAAAAUCAAACGUAGUCUGCAAGCAACGCGUGCGCGCAAUGAAAAACAGAAAGCGCACAGCAUUAAACCCACGGAUACGCCCGUGAAGGAGGACGUAGGUUCAACGCAAAAGUGCAAAGAAGAGAAAGUGCUAAAACAGAAAGUGAAGGGAAGAGAAAGAAUAUUAAAACCAAAGGUGAGACCUGAAAAAUCAUUGAAACAGCAGCACGCAGACGAAGAGCCAACAAACCAAAAACCGAAAGCGCAGGACGCACAAAAACUUCAAGAGAAGGAAGCGGAGUCUACGCACCCGAGCGUCGUUAAAGUCGAAAGAACAGUUAGGGAGAAAAUGGAAAAAAUGUUAGCGCUCAGAAUGAAAUGCUUUAGAGCCGAAUCAAUGUCAUUACAUGACGAGGAUGACAAUAAAAAUGCGCUAAUGGCGAACCAAAAGCGAUAUUUUUUAAGUACAAUUAAUGCGACCGCGCCAAAUGCAGAGUGUGCGCAGCCAGAGCAGCAAACAUUGAAGCAAAUAGAAAGCACGAUUUCAAAUGGCAGGUUCGGCAAUUGUUUGCCCUUUUUUAAAGCGCUACGAAAGGCACAAGUGCCAAUUAAGCCAACAAAGGAGAAAACGCCGUGCGAAACAGAAUUGAAAAAGGUCUACAAGAAGCGUAAAUUGAGACAGGACCCAACAAAUAUUGAGUACUUGCCAAGUUCAAGUCAAAUAAAUAUGAAAUAUGUGGAAGCCAUUAAAGCUAUAAGGCGCCACAAUCGGGACAUCUAUAAGGAUCCGCAUGAAACGCCGAGCACAUCAUCGCUGGAGGAGUAUUUUCUCGUGCUCUCAGAGCGCAUGGCGCGCGAACAAAAGGAAGCGGAUGAACGCAAGCCCAGACACGGAGGUCGACGCGGCAUGAGUAAUUACAAUUUGCAGCGCAGAAGAGCGCGACCGCCAAUCAAAUAAGAGCGCAAGUACUGUGCGCUCGUCACUUUUGAUUGCUACAAUUUGGACGUGCAAAGGAAAGUAUAAAGUCAAGACAUCAAGUGAAAUUGGAGUGUUUAGCAACAUGUAAGAGUCGCAAAAAUAACUGCAAAGUAGAGCUGUAAAGCGUGCAGUGAUUCGCUAAAGGCCUGCGUGGUAGCCUUCAGCAGAAAAGAUGCCCUCAACAGAGAAAUGCAACCUGGACCAAAGGCGCGACGAUGCGCA